CGCCCCCGCGUUCCAAUGUGCGGCGGAGAAGCCGGGAGGCGGGCGAGGAUGGCCAGCUCUGCUCUUUCCUUUCCCAGCACAGCUGGGAAGACGUUCACGCACUGGAAUUACAGCAAGGCCUCCGUCCAGGCGCCGCCAUUGGAUUACUCCUUCCGGGGCAUCAGCUUCAUGCAAGAGCUGCUGAGCGAGGAGCCACGUCCCGGCCUCCGGGCCAUCCAGCAGGCGCGUGGGGGCCGCCUGCUGACCCAGGCCAUUCGGCUGAGCAACAACACGCUGAGCGACCUGACGGGCUUCCCAGACAUCAUGGAAAAGCUGCUGGAGUUUCCCCGGGAGAUCUACUGGAUCGACCUCUCCUUUAACGACCUGCCCAACAUCGACCCGGUGCUGACCACCUACUACAACCUCCGGAAUCUGAACCUUCACGGGAAUAGCAUCCAGCAGCUCUCCGAAGUGGACAAGCUGGCUGUGCUGCCCCACCUGCGCAGCCUGACCCUGCACGGCAACCCCAUCGAGGAGGAGAAGGGAUACAGGAGCUACGUCCUGUCCACCUUGCCCCAGUUGAAGUCCUUCGAUUUCAGUGGCGUCACCAAGCUAGACCGUGCCACCGCAGCCGUCUGGAGGCGCAUGAACAUCAAGCCAAAGUAAUUUGGAAAUUGGUUCCGCCGGACUUGCUUCUGAAUAAACGCCCUGGAGGGGGAAGAGAUCUGGCCGGAAGACG